AUGGCUGCAAACCACUGUGGGUCGCGGAGAGCAGCCCGGGCAGAGGCGGGCAGGGGCGACGGUGUGGCUGGUGAAGGCGCGGAAGACGCGGUGCAGACAUACUCGUCCGAGGGGUACCGCGUGCUCGGGACGCGAAUCCCCGCACGGGCGCGCGUGAGGGGGGCCGUCGCCGGUGGGGGAGGAGGCGGAGGCGGGGCCGGAGGCGAGGCAUCGCCCGAGCUGGGGCUCGAGGGCGACGCGGUAGAGGGCGCAGAUGACACGGCGGUGCCCGAGGCGGUGCUCGAGGGCGACGCGGGCGGUGUCGGGGCGAGUCGGCGGCGCCCGAGGCGGGGCUCGAGGGCGCCACGUGUGAGCCCGAGGCAGUGCUCGAGGGCGUCACGGGAGGCGUCGCAGCUGGAGGAGAGGGAGCGCGCAGGGGCGCUGCCGAGCCAGGGACCUCCACCAAGGUAG